CGUGCCGCAUUCAGUCGGUGGUUCUAGUGUGAGUUGUCAGUGGUGUGGCCUGCUCACCCUCAGACAGCGCUCACAACUGCUCCGUGUUGCCUUCUGCCUUCUCGUGGACGGAGGGAGCGAGCAGAUUCCUUCAUCGUCCUUCCUCACUUUCCUCCUGUCUUCUUUCCCUCUGCCUCUCAGUUGUGGAGUCGGAAAAAUGUACGAGUUUUACAAACAGUAAAUGCCGACGCCACAGUAAUUCGGAUGUCAUCGCUGUGAACCACUUUCUCAAUCUUCGUGAGUGUGAGCGCGUGUGUGUCUCUGUGUGUUCGCCUGCGUUUUCUAUCGAUCGUUGAAACGCCAGCAGGUGUUUGUGGAUUGUCGCGGUUUGUUGUUUUUUUUUUAAUACUUCCAAACUUUCCCCAUUUGUAUCCGAAUUUAAUCGGGAGGAAUUGUUGUGGUGGUUAUAAAAGUUAAUCCCCUCCGUGUGUAGACGCACGCGCAGGUUGAUUCAACGACGCCAAGCGUGUGUUCGUGUGUGAGUGAGUACGUUCACCUUUCGGAGCGCGGGAAGAACGCUCUUUUUCGGUGGGAUUUAGAAUUUUGUGUGCACACAAGAGAAGUUUGCCUGCAGUUUUUGGCGCCUGCUGAUAGAUAGAACGGCUCUAUUAGAUCUUCGACGAGUUGAGAGCCUCAGUUUUACAUUGGCACUCGGCUUUUGCUCUGAAGACUUUGAAUUACGAAACAGUUCGUCUUGUGCACGGAAACAGGAUAAUGCGUUUGCCUGUAAGUACUUCGAUUGGGGAUUUGCUUUCUCUAUGAAGUGCUGACUCAGACAAAAGCGUUUCUGAUGCGCCUCUCGGAAGGAAUUCACCAUAUUGUAUUAUUCAAUAUUUCGUUGGAUACGACGCGACAAAGACCGAGGUGAAUUCCUCCCUUAGUCCCAACGUGAGAUAUCUGUGCUGGACAGUUCUUCGCUAGUCUUUCACAAGACGAGAGAAAAGUCUCUCUGCAAAGUCUGUAUAGGAAGAUCACCUUGGACAGGCUUUGGAUACUGACUUUCGGUAGACGCUAGAGUCUGUCCACUAAGGUAGCAAAGAGAGAUCAUUUUAGGUGGUGUGGAAGUACUGACCAAUCAUUGUGGGCGGUGUGGAAGUACUGACCAAUCAUUGCAGGCGGUGUGGAAGUACUGACCAAUCUAUAGGGAAAUCUCCGGACGCUGCCCACAGUCUCCUCCGAGACUGAGCAUGGAUAUUGUUCUCCGUCCGCUACACUGAACAUGGAUCACAUCGACGUCAUAACGGACUGCCGCGUCAAGAACGGUGACGUCACGGCCAAUGGCCGGUCGUCGUCCAAGCAGCGAUCCACAGACCCUUUCCUGGCCCUGGGCCCGGAGUUCUCCUCCUCCUUUGGAUCUAGGCGGGACUCGAACACAAACACCAAGACAUGCGAGUACAUCACCGGCCUCGGGGUGAGAGCAGACGGAAAGCCGUUGAAACGGCAGAGGAGCAACCGAUCGACUCGCAGCACCACCUCCUCAGCCCGGCGACGACAGAAUGAAGACGGCUGUGUCGUAUGUCUUCGUGGCACCUUGCACUGCUACAAUGUCUUCAUCUUGAUUGUCGGAUGUGCGUCACUGGGGAUUGGGAUAUGGUUGCUGGUCACCGACUUCGGGGCCCGCAAGGUGACGCCCAUUGUGGACAACCAGAUGUAUGAAGUGACCACCUAUCUGCUGAUUGCUGGUGGUGGGGCCGUUGCUCUGCUUGCCUUCUGUGGUUGUUGUGGUACCAUACGAGAAGACAAGUGUGUGCUAUCUUUUUAUGGAACUACGUUAGCCAUAGUGCUCAUUGUGCUUGGAGCAGCGUGUGGGAUAGCUUUUUUCUUCAGAAAUGCAUUGGCAGCUAAAAUACAAGACCGGAUGCGAGAUACGCUGACCUGGCACUAUGGUCUGAAUGUUCACAGCAACUCUGAGAACCGUAGGAUCACAGACGCGUGGGACGCCAUGCAGAGGCAGCUCAAGUGCUGCGGUGUGGUGGGUGACGUCAACACCUUAGAGUCCUGGGGCUAUUACUUCACCAAAACUGAGUGGUACGACAAGUCCAAGAAGAAGAAAGAGAGGCAGCGUGUGCCUGAAAGCUGCUGUGCCCCAGGUGAUAUCAACAUGUGCAUCGGUCUGAGUGACUUUGCCGGCCCACCAAGAUUCCUCCAAGGUCACAGCGAGGACAUGAAAAAGAAGAAUCCAUACCUGUACACAGAUGGCUGUUAUGAGUCUUUGAUAGAAUACUUGAGGACCUACUCUGCUGUGGUGGGGGCGGUCGCAGCCGUUGUGCCUGUGUUUCUUGCAUUUGGCAUCGUCAUCUCGUUCUGCCUGUGUGCGCGGGUGACGGGCUACGCCCACGAUGAUGAAGUGGACUUAUAGCACGGACUCUCCUGUUCCUGCCACUGCUGUGUCUCUGUCGACUGGGCCCCAGGGGGCACUGUCAGCACAAGGGUCUGGUCCGAUGCAUCGCUACGCCGUACAUAGCUGGGGGAAUGUGUGGUUUAGAGCUUUGAACCUGUGUGUGUGUGUGUUUAAAUGAAGAAGGAGUAGAAGAGCAUGAGAUACAUGUUUAUAAAUGUGUACUGGUAUCUGCAUGUAUGUUUUUGUUUGUGUGUAUGACGGUGCCCCGUAUUAGUGCCACCCAGUGAUCGGACAGCUGCGUGCAUUGUGGGAUAGUGGAGUUGCCACAGACCCAGAGAGGCAGUAUUUGCUUGAGAUGGAAAGUUUUUGUAAUCGUUUGGGGGAAGUUAUUGUUUUGGUCUUUCUCUGAACCGUUCAGGCUGGAACGCACUGGUGAUAUAGGCAGCGGCUUGUCCCUCUCAUGUCAUGGAAUGCAAUAUGAGAAACUUUUUGUCUGAGUUGGAAGUUGACCUCACUACUGAGGGUGUCGAGUUAAGUGUGUGUGUGUAUGUGUGUGGGGUUCAAACGUAUGCAGGUUUUAGAAGUUUGUCUUAAGGUUUUUGGUGCCCCUGUGGGAGGAGGCGAGUUGAUUAACCGCUGUGACAGGACUCCGGCGAGCGCCUUGACAAGGAGGCUACUGCGUAUGUCCAUGCCUUUUGAAGUGACCAGCAAGCCAGUGUAGCACAGGGCAAGAUGGAAAGAGAGGCAGACCAGUGACAGGCAGGCAGGAAUCCGUGGCACUUUCGCAAGUCAACAAAACCACGUCAGAGUGGAUGUUUUCUUUUCUUUUUUUCCCCCCUGUCCAAAUGACAGUGUUCUGGAGCAGCACAAACUGCCUGAUAGUGCAGCUGCCAUUGAGAGCUCUUCCGUACUGGGAUCAGCUGGGGCAGCCUUGUGGCCAGUACAGAAGAGAAAGAAAGAGAGAGAAUCAUGUCACUUCUCUUUAUUAGAGAUACAGCUACUGAGAGAAAAAUAAAAAGUCAUUAUGAAACUUUAAAAGAAAUCUAUUGUGAAGAUCUAAAAAAAGUAUCAGAAAGUGGUCUUUGUGAAGAUGAAUACUUUUCUCUUUUUUAUUCGUUAGGCUUGGAUCCAAGGUCAGUCAAGAGAAUGUGAAUAUUUGUAUUAAAAAAUCCGAUGGAGUCCACUAAUACCAUGCUCAGUUAAUCCUAAAACAGCAGAUGUCCGAAUGAAAUAGAAUCGAUUAUUUUUAUUUCUUAGCCUUUUCAGCAAUCUUUUGAAAUUGGAAACAUGACUAAACUAAAGAAGAUCUGGCAGUCCCACCAAUUUUGGUUUAAGUGGACUCUGCUGUAAUAUUAUAUCUCCUUGAUUCUCCAUACCCCUCCCUUCUGGCGUAGAGAAAUGUUCUUACUGAAUGAAAACCACACUGCCUGUACAAUAGGCUACCCCAGUGACCUUUAGAUUUCGAGCAGACAAAUUUGUAGCAGGGACAGUCAGAUGUUUUCACAUUACUAUUUGUGUAACCUUUGGUUGUCUCGCCUCAGGUUGCCUUUAUGAGACAGGAACUAUCUUGUCAUUGUGGGGUAAUGAAGCUCUCAGCCAUGCCGCAUAUGUUUGGUUCCCUGAGAGUGGGGAGAUUUGGAGGCUAAUGUGUUCUUGACUGAGCCUUGAGAAACCCACCUCAGACUUUAGUUUCUUUCUUUUCAAACUGAAGCGUGAUGCGAAGUGUUUGCCAUAUUGGAAAACUAAGUAAGUUUCUAUUAUACUACAUUCCAAGUUCUAGCAAUGUUUACCUUCCUCUGUUACCAUUCAUAAAAUGUACACAUUUCCUUUGUGCUAUGUACGUGUUGUGUCUGUGUGGGAGAUAAAUGUGUGUGGGAUAAGGAAUGUUAUAUUAUGUUUGUAGUUAAAAGAAUCAUGAUAUGGAUUCCAAGUCUCACCUUGUCGCUGCCUGAGGUGUAUAGGCUUACUGUGUUGAUUGUUCUCUUUUGAAGUGAUGUUCUUCACAACACUGCUUACAAGCUGUGAGACGUACGUAAACUGGCAGUAUUUGCCUAUGUCUUUUCCAUUUUCACAUUCUACAUGCUGGGGAGAGUUGCGCAAGUCAUUUUGUCUACAUUUCUGCCUGACACGUUGUGAUGGUCUCUCUCUUUCUCAUGGGUCAACUUGUGCGCGUUGUCACAGACGUCUUUGCUAAACUAUGUUACUUGUUUUUCCCUGCUGGUCUCCGGUCCCUACCUACUCGUAUUUUCCACAUCUUGUUUCUAAAGUUUCAUGUCUCACUCUAUGUGUCUCUUUGAAGAAACUUCCUCAGUGUUGGGCACUUUUGCUUCAGGUAGACUUAGCGAGGUUUGCACCGGUCCAUCUCCUUCCACCCUGUCCUUUUUGUUUUGUCUUUUGAAUAUGAACACACUGAACUGAGAGCAUGAGGAUGGUAAAAGUUAAGACUCAUAUAUGGGUUUAGGGUGGGGGACAUGGACAAGGUUGGGCAGCUAGUCUAGUUUCUAAGACUAGCAUGGACCAUUGGAUCAGAGAUACUCGUCUCCUGUCUCCUUUCUCCUUGUAUAACCCCAGAAGCUGUCGGCAGCGUGCACUUGUCAUUGGCUUGAGGCCGUGAGCUUUUCACAUUUUGCUUGACAUUUUUGCAUCACAUAACAUGUAAUUUUCUGUUUAUUUUGCGGUUUCCUUUUUCAUCUGUUUAUGUACAUAUGGGAAAAGUGCUGAAUUUUGAUAUAGUGCUUCGACUUCAAAACUUUUCGAGUCAAGAGUCAAAAGGUUCCAUCUAAUGUGAAUAUAUAUAACAUUGUGUGAUGUCCUGCUACAAUGCAUGCUAUGUCCUUCCUAUAAAGGGCAAGUCCUGCCUGUUGUCAUGUUAUGUAAUGCAUGCAUAUGUAGUCAGCUAAUUUGACAGAAAGAGAGAGAGUGAGAAAGAAAGAAAGAUUAGGGUAGUUUGGGAAAAUAAACAUGUUUCUAAUCAACUGACCUUACUAUUCAAAUGGACUGCUCAAUAUAAGACUUUCAUCAUAUGUCACUUUUCAUAAUGACAUAUGGUGGAGUCUUACAGGAAGCAGCCGAACUGUAAAUGAUUCAGGGGGUACCCUACUAUUUACCCAGUGUCCACUCUAUCAGUCAACCAAAAUCCUGAGUCUGGCAUUUCCACUUUCCCUACAGGCGAGAGUUGGUAGGACUUCAGUGCUAAUCAUGCUGAGAAAUCAGAAUCUUUUCCCUCCCCCAUCAGUUUAUGUCAUUGUGAGUAUCCAUAUCACAGGGUGUUUAAGUCUUGUGUUUGUGUGUAUGUAUGUGUGUGUGUGUGGGGGGAGGGGGGGGAGACAGAGAGAGAGAAAGAGAAGGAAGACUGUUGGGGUUGUUUGAGGCAAUGCAUUGUAUUCUGAAUGAGACAGCUAUUUUUGAUUUUUAUAAGAAAAUAACUAUAAACUUAAAUUUGAACUUUGCUACAUUGUGAUUUGUUGACUGUCAUAUAUUUUGUUGCAUGCUUAUUGGCUUUGAAUUAUAUCAAUUUACAGUUCAUUUUUGCAGUGGUGCUCAUGUGUUUAGCCAAGUAUUCUGUUUGUUUCCCUGCAAGUAGGAUUGUUGUAAGGUAUUUUGCCGUGCUGUUGACUUAGCUAGGGUUUUGGGACAAGAAGUCUGAAGUUCCAUGUUGUUAUUGGGGUGCCAGCUUUUCAUUCUUUACCGGUAGUUCAAGCAGUGGUCUCUGUUAGGUCUGGACAUAACAUUGAAUGUCCCUGGCAGGUUUAGUGAGUUGUUGGUUAAGUGGACUCUGUAUGUAGAGGUCUUUCCCACCACAAAGAAUUGUCAAUUAUAUCAGCAUUAGUUACCUUGUUUUAUAAUUUAUAGGUUGUUUUUUCAUGAUCAACUGUGGGUUUUGUCAAGUGUAUUUUCCAUCUAAUAUUUAAGACACCCAUGAUGGUAGCUAUUUAGGUAUUAGUUCUCAUAUCAUCGGCCAGCUCUUCAGAUGUACUAAACCCAAACGGAAUUUUUUUAAAAUGUUUAUAGCAGUUUUCUUAAUCUGUGAUGUCAGUUACGUUUGCUCGGAAAUUCUUUGGUGAAAUCCAGAUUCUAAAUUUGGAUUAAAGCAAAAAAAUAUAUAAUGAUAAAAAUAUAGGUAGGCCUACAAUUUUUAAAGGAAUGAAAUUUUGUUUCUCUCUCCUGAAAAAUGUUGCUCUCUGGGCUUAGAACAGUUGGACAGCUUGACGAUGAUACGUUUUUUUGUUAUAAUCCAAUCUGCCAGAUUUGCUAUGGCUUGUUGCUUGCACCGUCUCUGUACAUAUCCUGUACCUUUGACCCCAUGCACAAGGUGGGGUUGAGUGACUGAUUUAUCUUCAUGAUGCCAGUAUCGACUUGUGACGAGGAGGUUCAGGCCUCUGCUUUUUCGAGUGCUUGGUCAGUGGUGAUGAUGCCAACACGGCCUUGAUGUGUUUUUGACUGUGAAUAGUAGGGUUUGAAACUGUUGAUGACUCCAAAGUUAACUUUAUCCAUGCCUUGAAUGUGGAGGGAGUGGGAAGCAUAAAUAAAAUACAAAUUCACAAUUUAUGGGACCGUUUAGCUCUCUGAAGACCUUAAGGGUUCUAUCUGCGAUUAGUUUUUGUUGUAGGUGGAAGCUUUUGGUUGGGAGAGCUGAUUUAAGUGGUCACAAGCUAUUCAUGAUGAAGCUUGGUAGUUGAAAUAAAGAUUUCUUCGGCAAACUGUUCAAAUGUACCAUGCCUUAAAUUUUGAAAACGUUUUAAAUUGCUGUUUCUUAAUCUAUGGUGUGGGCUGCAUGUGUUUAAGAAAUAUUUUGUCGAAAUUCAAAUUCUAAAUGUUGGGAAAAAAAGAAUUAAAAAGCAAGAAAAUGCAUCGAAGGUAUAAAUCUACAUUUGUAAUAUUUUAGAAAAAUACAUUUUUUUCACUCUCCUGAAAUAUUUUGCUUUUUGGACUUAUUGCAUUUGAACAAAUUGGUGGCUAUUGGCUGCUGUCUUUAAAUAGUAACUGUUUUCUCCAGCCACUGUUGGAGUCAUCAUCAGUUUUGUGUGUUGAGUGCAGCAGCCACAGGUGGCUAUCAGCCUUCUUUUCUAGUGUGAUAUCACUUACUCCAGAAUUUGUAGCAACUGAGGUCUUGUGAGUGCGUGUGUGUGUGUGUGUGUGUGUGUGUGUAUGUAUGCAUGUGUUUGAGUGAGAGUAAGUAUAAGUAAGAAGGAUUAUUUUUUUUCUAUGGCCCCAUCACAAACGUCGUGGGUAAGUUUUAUGGAAUCUUUAUCAACGCACAGCAACAAAUAAGAGGUGAAGUUAAGCAGAUCGAAUCUACAUUAUUUGACUACUUUUCAGGGAACAAAACUGCAGGCCAAAUAUCUGUAAAGCCGAGUGUCCAUUGCGGAUGGGAUCGGUUCGGGUCGGGUUGAUCGCCCGACUCGUCCCCUGAAAACAAAAGCGUCUGUUUUUGAGGCGACGAGUCGGGCACAAUCAGCUUGUGCCAUGAUAGCCGCUUUGUGCCCUCAAUCUGGCUAGCAAACCGCCCCGACCAGACCUGAUCCCCCAAUGGGCACGCUGUAUAACUUUUGCAUAGGGUCACACUGUCUGGGUAGACCUUUGUUUAUCACAUGCUCCAGUCACUUGAUUUUGUGGUUUUCGUUUGGCUGGUUUUAUAUAGAAUGGUAGGCCUAUAUGAAAAUUUUUUGGUUCUAUUUUGACCUUUACCUCUUUUAAGUAUAGUACACUUAUGCCUUAUUUUUUAAGAUCAUGCACUCUGAAAAAAAGUGAACGUUUGUUUGCAAGUCAGAAAUCAUGCUUGCAGCUCACAGUAAACAUCUUUUGUAGGACAAUAUUUUGUUAUAUGUGGUCUGUUCUGACCUCAGAUCUUUCUUGCGGGCUUUAAGUUACCCUGCAGCAGUGUGACACAUUCUGCCCCAUCGAUCACAAUCAGAACGAUGUUUGAUCAACAACUGUACUUAAUACUUCGGCUGAAUGUUUCCAGGUCUAUAUAUAAUAAGCACAUAUUAUGGUAAUCAUGUCUGUUUCGAUGACAGAUUUUUUUUCUUUUUUUUUUUUUUUUUUUGCUUGGUGGAAGGGUCUGGCUGUUGUACCAGAAAAAGUAAUGUACUUUUUACAGUUAUAUUAUUGGUGGUUUCUUUGUUGUUUUUUAAAGAAUCUUUUCAAACUUUUGAAGACAAUAAUGAUUUUGAUGUGGAAGUGUGUGAUGACAAGAGCUGGCGUGGUGUAGGAGCAAACAGAUGUGAUGUUAGUGGGUGUGACUAUCUCUGUACUGGGCUGUGUACUGUCAAACAAGAACAUGGUACUGUAUUCCAUCAUGUCAAGGUCACACAUGUAGACUGAGCACAAGGAUAUAUAUUAUAUAUCAAUUAUUGUACAUUUUACAUGUUGAUGAUUAAUUUUAGUCUUUUUUUUUUCUUUAUGAAGCAUGUUACUGAGGAUGAUCAUAAAGCAUGUAUCUAUGUCACCAAGAUAUGAUGCCAGGUGUAAGGACAUUUUUUUAAAAUUCAAUAUAUCCAUUGUGUUUAUACUCCAUUUAUAUAAUAUGAAUAAUCACAGAGAGUCAUGAUAAGAAGUUCACAAGUAGAAUACAUGUACACUGACCAUUCACAUCGCAAUCAGAUGUUUGUUUGCCAAGUAUAUUGCUGUGUCAGGCGAUGAUUCCAGCGUGUGAGCUGACGUGUAGCGGACACCUCUCUCAACUUUCUCACCUGUUUUUGACUUGAUUCAGCGAUGUCUGCCAGUAAAUAAGAAACCAUCUAUUCCCUAUCAUAUCCCCCCCCCCUCUCCCUCUCACCCCACUCCCCACUGUCCAUCAUGUAAAUAUUGUGAACAAGUCAAUAAGUGAUUUUUUUUCAUGGAUGGACACAAGGUUGCAAGACUGAUGAUUAAAUAUUUUGAUAUGAACUGAC